AUGGAGAAGUCCAGCCGUGGAGUGCAAACAGCAAACCCUGGGUCUUCCAGCAAAGCCCUGCAAGCGGCCUCGGCAGCAAGAAGGGCCCAGAAGGAGCCCGGAAACCUCCCGGCCCCAGCGCGGCCGCAGCCCCGAGCGCGCCGCUUGCUCGCCGCGGACCACGCGUGCCCUUCCCGUGCCUGGCCGCGGCCUAACGGCUGCCUUCCCUUGCAGAUCAUCGCCUUCGACGAGCUCAAGACCGACUACAAGAAUCCCAUAGACCAGUGCAACACGCUCAAUCCCACAGUUGAAAAGGUCAAAAAGAUUAAAAGAGUCAAAAUUGCACUAAAGCUUGUACUUCCCGAGUACCUCAUCCAUGCAUUCUUCUGUGUUAUGUUUCUGUGUGCAGCAGAGUGGCUUACACUGGGUCUCAAUAUGCCUUUGUUGGCUUAUCAUAUUUGGAGGUAUAUGAGCAGACCUGUGAUGAGCGGCCCUGGUCUGUACGACCCUACAACCAUCAUGAAUGCAGAUAUUUUAGCCUAUUGCCAGAAAGAAGGAUGGUGCAAAUUAGCAUUCUACCUUCUAUCAUUUUUCUACUAUCUAUAUGGCAUGAUUUAUGUUUUGGUGAGCUCUUAAGAAGACGUUCAGUGAGCUUUGUUCCAGUUAAGUGCAUGCAAAAGCCACCAAACAUGGAUUCUAACAAGAACCUGUUACCAAGACUAAAUAUGGAAUCUGAUGAUUGCAUUUGCAUUAGAAAAAAAUGACUCCCCUCUUUUUAAAAUAUUUCCA